AUGACAACUCAGGUUGCACGUAAAAGCAAACAAAGAACUCCUCGACAAAACUCCAAUGUAUUUGCAGUAUUUGACAAGCAACAAAUCAAGGAAUUCAAAGAAGCCUUUAGGAUUAUGGAUACUGGAGGUGAUGAUAUUGUUGAUGCUAAAGAUCUUCAAAUCACUUUUGAACGUAUCGGACAACCUGUAUCGAAUGAAUUGAUUGAAAAAAUGCUUAGUGAAGCACCUGGACCGAUUAACUUUACAGUAUUUUUGACAUUGAUGGCAGAUAAAUUGACAGGAACGGAUCCAGAACAAACUAUUACAAGUGCUUUUGCUGCUUUUGACAAUGAUGGUACAGGAACAAUCGAUGCUGAUUAUUUACGGGAAUGUAUGACCACAAUGGGUGAUCGGUUUACAGAUGAAGAGGUUGAUAUCAUGUUCAAGGGACCAGCAUUAGAUGAUCAAGGAAAAUUCAACUAUCGGGAAUUUGUUCGUGUAUUGAAGCACGGUGAAUGA